CUGGUGAGAAAGCUUCCCGACACACACACCGGCUACUCCCUGCUUUCCACAGGAGGGUGACGCUCCUGCACUCAGACCUUUAUUCAUUUACAGCGCCCCUGACAUCCGACAGCAACAGGCCGGACUGGCCGCGAACAACAGCAAAGACUGAAGGAGACAGAGGGACGUGUUCACAAAUAUCAACCAACCAGACACACGCACACACAAGACAGAGCUCUGGAGAGGUAAUUUUCACCUGUGUCCAGACAACAAGUAAGGGAGCAUGGAGUGUGUUCAGGUGGCCAAAGAGGCUGAAAUGGUGGAGAUUAUUCCAAAUGGCAAUCAUGUAGAAGAUCUGACUGUACCAAUCAAAAUGCAACAUGAGGAGGACAGGUACGAAGAUAAUGAAGGAAACUCAGCCGAGUGCGAUGAAUUCCUGCCUCAUUCAGACACUGAGAAGAAACCUACCCGUUUCACAGAUUUUGAAGGGAAAACCUCAUUUGGAAUGUCAGUAUUCAACCUGAGCAAUGCCAUCAUGGGCAGCGGUAUCCUGGGCCUGGCAUAUGCGAUGGCCAACACAGGCAUUGUCCUCUUCCUCUUUCUGUUGACAACCGUGGCCUUACUCUCCUCCUAUUCCAUUCACUUGCUUCUGAAAGCUUCUGGUGUGGUCGGAAUCCGUGCAUAUGAACAGCUCGGUCUGCGGGCUUUUGGGACUCCUGGAAAGUUAGCAGCUGCUGUAGCGAUUACCCUGCAGAAUAUUGGCGCCAUGUCCAGUUAUCUCUACAUUGUGAAGUAUGAACUUCCCCUGGUGAUACAGGCCUUUCUGAACAUUGAAGAGAAAACCGGCGAGUGGUACCUGAAUGGAAACUAUCUGGUGGUCAUGGCAUCAGUCACGGUCGUUUUGCCUCUGGCAUUAAUGAAACAACUCGGCUACCUGGGAUACACCAGUGGUUUCUCCCUGAGCUGCAUGGUUUUCUUUCUAAUUGUGGUGAUCUACAAGAAGUUCCAGAUUUCCUGCUCAUUUAAUAACAUCCAUGCAAAUAGUUCCCUUCUAGACAGUAUCAACUAUGACAAUAGCACCAGCUACAACAAUAGUGAUGUUCACAAAGUCACUGAGGACCAGUGCACCCCUCGGCUGUUUACCAUGAACUCUCAGACUGCAUAUACCAUUCCCAUCUUGGCUUUUGCCUUUGUCUGUCAUCCAGAGGUAUUGCCUAUCUACACAGAGCUGAAAAACCCCACCAAGAAAAAAAUGCAGCAUGUGUCAAACAUCUCUAUCCUGGUCAUGUACCUCAUGUAUUUUCUUGCUGCGCUGUUUGGAUACUUGACAUUUUAUGGCAGAGUUGAGCCAGAAAUGCUGCAUACAUACAGUAAGAUUGACCCAUUCGAUACACUAAUUUUGUGUGUCCGUGUGGCUGUGCUAAUCGCAGUAACCCUCACUGUGCCCAUCGUGCUCUUUCCGGUGCGCCGUGCUAUCCAGCAAAUGCUGUUCCAGAACAAACCCUUCAGCUGGCUCAGGCACAUUGUCAUUGCUAUCUGCCUUCUUACUUUGAUCAAUCUACUGGUUAUUUUUGCACCUAACAUCCUUGAUAUCUUUGGAGUUAUUGGUGCGACCUCUGCCCCAUGUUUAAUUUUCAUCUUCCCAGCUGUGUUCUACAUACGGAUAAUGCCAAAGGAAGAAGAACCAAUGACGUCACUUCCAAAGAUCCUGGCUGUUUGCUUUGCAGGCCUAGGCAUUGUCUUCAUGACCAUGAGCCUAAGCUUCAUCAUCAUCGACUGGUCUAUUGGGAGCAGCAACGUCAAUGGAGGCCACUAGGCAACAGAGUGCCUCGCCCACUGAGAGCCAAGUGCCCCCUUCAGCACCAUUACCUUCACCCAGCAGGAUAAUCACUGUAGAAAAUUGCCAACAAACCUGACCCCACUGUAAUGAGACACACACUGCUAGUACUGUACAUAUAUAUAGUUUUGCACACCAGCAAUUUUUAUAUCAUGUAACUGUAUAGUGACGAAUUGAUGCAAAUACAUUGCACGGGAUUUUGUAAAACUGCAACAUUUCUAAGUUAUUUUGUAUAGAGGUAGGACUGAGGUGACAUUUCAGUGUAAUAUUCUAUUAAAUAACUGGCUUAGUAUAGUGUAGGGUCAUAGGUAUAGUUGCUGGGACUGAAUUUAGCACCUUGGGUUGACUGGGGGGGCUGUCUUGUUUAUAUAAUAUAUAUAUUUUACAUUGUGCUCUUUUGACAUAAAUGAACAUCAUACAGAAACAUUUUAAAAGGUGGUUAGGAGCCUAUUGAAAAACAAAAAAAAAAGCCAUUUAUUGUUCCCAUUUUCAAUCACCCUUCUAAAUACUGUGUGCACUUUUUGAUGAAGAUAACAGCAGUUGAAAUAUCCGAUUACUAAUUUUUACAGAAAAUGUUGCUGUUUCGGUAGGUAAAUGCUAAUAAUCAUGAACCAUCCAUGCCUGGCAGAUGCCCUAGUGCAAACCUCUGAGCUGAAUGAGUUGGUCUCUGCCAGGUCAUAGGCUAGUGAGGUGAACAAAAUCAGUUGGGGACUUCCAGUACCUAUAACCCCAUAGCCCAGAGAGUCAGUAUUGAGAUCCUGAAUCAAGUUCAACUGUUAUUCCUCAAAGCUUGCAUAACCCACUGGCUCAUUCGUCCCUUGCAUAUGAAGGUACCUCGAAAGUACUCACUUGGGCGUGAUACAAACGGACUGACAUUACCUAUCAAAUUGUAAUUUAACACCACGCCUCUUAAUUUUUUAAUAUUAUUUAACCUAUUUUUCUAAUCAACUUGUUCAGAGGUGUUAUUGUAUACCUCUGGAGCAGGUGGGACUUGAACUUGGGCCCGUGAAUACUUCACAGAUCAACUGAGUGCUUCGAUUUUGCUCGUUGAAUCCGGAGUAAUGGGCAGAUUGUUCUCUGUUAUGAAAAAUGUCCUGAUCAAGACCCUUUUUUUUGGCCUUUUAUCUCACAGAGAUCACAAGCUCAGCAGUGCUGGCCUGCCUAUUCAGUCGUGACAAAUAUUGCAAAGUAAUAAGUUCAUGGUAAAGUUGGAAACCAGAUGGCUCUGUUUAUGGUGGGACAGUUGAAAUGCAACAGGACAUUGCCUCACAUUUUGUGGCUUCUGAGCCUGAGAGUCCACUUUACACAGUUUGCAAAACAUGUCCGCACCCCAGACCAGUGAUGCUUGCUGCCACAGUGCACAUGGGAUUGGAAAAACAUGGUUGCAAUCCUGAAGACUACUUCUGCAAGGUGAAUUAGUUGAGUGACGUAUACUGAAUUGCUUGCACUCAAGCUGAAGACUCAGGAUCACAUAAGGAUAUUUCCACCCUUGACUGUGUUUCCACCAACCCUAGUGUAACACAUCCACUGUAGAAUUAAUUGCUGCUAUCCAUCAGGGGCAGUGCCCGACAGAGAAAAGACACUGGGGAUUGGAGAGAAAAGCCAACCCUGUUUAAAACCAUUUAGUUGGCAAGCCAGGUGGAGGAGGAAAGCAGGAUGGUUGAUUUCCUGCAGUCGUCAUACAUUGCUGCUGUUGUGAAGGCAGUUGCCUGUUGGAACCAGUGAGCAGAGCAAAUAUGUUCCAUGCCCUAUGUGGCACUGGCAACACUCACAAUGAUAGGGCCAGUCUUUCAAGAUGGUCCAUCCCAUCAGGAUGGCAGAGCUGCCUUUGCACCCUGCCAGUGGUCGAAUGCCAACUGUUUGUAGGAUUUAGAGAUGGGAGAGAUGAAUGAAACAGUUAACAUUAAAGUUCAAAACAAAUUCUAAAAAAAAAGACUUUUUAUUAACUAAAACCAUUAAUGAAAAUGCUGGGGUUGGGAGGUCAUCCUCUAACAUUUAAUAAUUUAGUCUAAUGCCUGUGUUAUAAUAAGUAAAUAAAAUGUCUCAUUUUUCACAGGGAACUUAACUGUGAACUUUUAACACAAUGUGUGUGCAGAAAAAUGGCUACUGGACCGUUAAUACUGAUCUUGUUUGCUGGUUUGGAAAUAUCCCAGCAUGUUUAUAAAAUAAUAAUUCUGGGGGCAAAGAAUUGAUUUAUUUUGUGACAAUAAUGUCAAUGGCUUUGAUUUAACGAAAGUGGAUUUUACUUUUGACUCAUGUAGUCCUAUGCAAUAUUAAUAGUGUUGGUGGAAAUCUCCAGUAACCUUUGCUCCGAAGCUUUAAGGAUUUAUUUUUGUUAGAUUGCAUUGGUCAUAUUUAGAAACAAGGCUUAUUUGUCAGAUUUCUUUACACAAUAUUUAUAUUUUAUUAAAUGUGUAAUUAAAUUUUAAUUUAAUAGAAAAUAAAAAGGAUUAAAGAUUUUUAAUAUUUUACAUUUGCGUAGAGGUGGAAAAGCCUUAUAGAGCUAUACCUGGGUGUGUGAACAAACUUAUAUAUGUUUUUGUAGAUGACUGUUCGAUAAAUUACAUAAAAUACUUGUCUGGUACUAAUCCUGUGCAUUACCCUGUAAAUUGUAAUGCUAAAUUUUGUUGAAUGUACAGUAAUCCACAUAGGAUGUGUGUCACACUGGUGUGUCAGGGAGGAACUAAUGUACAUGAUAUGGUCAAGAUUUGCAAGGUCCACUUACUCACCUCACCUCAACAAACUUAUGCAAAUUUUGUAACACAUACAAGAGAUUCAACACGUUAAAAGGCAAAUAUGCCUUAGUCCAUUUGUUUAUGAUCUGCCAGUGUAUCGAGCCCCUAUUCUUGAAUCCCACAAUAUAUCAGGGCAUUUGCUUCCUUGCACCAGACUCUGUAUUCCUCUUCCUGUUGCCUUCUAAUCCUACCACUAAUGCUGUUCAGCAUUUUGGUUAAUUUUGUUCCAUUAGCAUAUUGCAUAUUCCUUUUGUUAUUUAGCAUGUUAGUCAGGCUCUUGUCUGUCAAUUCAUUCAGCUUUGUCUCAGGGGUUAGCACUCGUUCUUGAACCAGAAGGUUGUGAGUUUGAGCCUCACUGUUGCAUAAUCUAAGCUAAUAUUUCAGUAUAAUGUUGGGGGAGUGCUACACUGUUGGAGCUGCUGACUUCUGUAUGAGACAAUGCAAUAAAGACCCCAACUAUCCUCAGCUGCAGUUAUUAAAAGGAAAAGUUUUCUGGUCAUUAUUAGUUUGUCCUUUGUGGAAUCUUGCCCCAUACAACUUGGUAGCUCUGCCUCCCUGGUUACGACAUUAACUAUGCAUCAAAAGUACUAUUUGGUUGUAAAGUUCUGAUGUUGAAACGAUUCUCAGCUCCCACAAUAUAACUGUAAUUUAUUCCCUUUAUCUCACUUUCAGCUGUUUAUAGUUCCUGUCAGUUGCAAACCCUUAAAGUAUGCUUUUGUCAUGCUAUCAGUCCCCAGUCCUUCAUUGCAUCAUUCCAUCUUCCCCUGCUGUUCAUUAUGCUGGUUUCAUCUCCUUACUAAUGCACCUACAAAGGUUUUCUCUGUGGCCAACCAGCUUCUCAUUCUAUUUUGACUUUAUUUCCUGUAAUGAUAUUCAUCGUGUUUUUUUAAAUGAUCUGUCCAAAGCCAGGAGACCUUCUCAGACUUAGAAAGUGGACGGUGCCCUGUCCUUUGGUUUCUUCCCACCAUUCCUUCAGUUGGCUUCCCUUUUGAGCCAGAGCUCCUUUUUUUUGUUCUGGAACCAAAGACUUUCAGUCAGUCUGUGGUCACCUCAUUAAUGUACUUGUGGCUGUGAUAGUUGUUACGCUUAUUUGAAUCUUUAACUUAAAUCCUACUUUACAGGAUUUCAAGAUGGCAAUACACAGCUGCUCAAUGGAACUCUGAGGAACUACAGAUUGCAAUUAGGUUUUCCCGCUGAUGUUGAAAUAGGCAGUUAGGAAGAGAAGCUUUUGAUGGAGACUCAUGGCAAACCAUGUUAGCCCCGCACAUUUGCUGAAAAGAGACCGAUUUCAAGUGAUCUCAACACUUCAUAUCACUUUCCCAUUCAUUAGGACUCUCCUCCUGUCGAAUAAAUUGUUAUGAAUGUUCAAAAUGUGGUAUUCUUUCAUUUGUCCUGAUGAGUGCAGGAUGAAAAUCUUCUGCAACACAUCUCUCUUUUUGGCAAUGUUUGAACUGCCAAGUGUAUCAUCAGAACAUAGUUUAGAUGAAUGGGCAGGGAGGGGUGAAUCUCAUGGAAACCUAUAAAAUUCUAACAGGAGUAGACAGGGUAAACACAGGAAGUAUGUUCUUGAUGACUGGGGAGUCCAGAACCAGGGUUCACAGUCCAAUGGUAUGAGGUAGGCCAUUCUCCUGAGAGCAGGAGAAAUUUCUUCACCCAGAGAGAGGUACAGUUGUGGAAUUCACAAAAAGUGGUUGAAGCCAAAACAUUGAAUAUUUUCAAGAAGGAGUUAGAUAUAGUUCAUAGGUCUAAAGGGAUCAUAGUGAGAAAGCAGGAGCAGAGUACUUAGAUGAUCAGUCAUGAUCAUAUUAAAUGGAGGAGCAGGGCAAAGGGCUGAAUGGUCUACUCUGAUUUCAAUUGUCUUUGGGAGAUUAUGACUGAUAGACCAGAUCCCUCAGUUGCUAAGUAUAGUAACCACCAGAAGAUUUCAAGUAUAUGCAGUUCCUAUUCACAACUGGAAAGGAGAAAGAGUGUUAGUAUUUGGUAGAUACAGCUUGUGUGUUGAUUUGUGACCAUAUGCUAAAACAAAAAUAUGACUAUUUUAAAAGAAAUGCUUCUUUCAACUUUUUGCAAUGCUGACACAGUAUUGUUGAUUUAUAUGUAUCAUAAAAUAGUGACAUUUUUGUUAGAUAACGCGAAGAAGGAAAAGCUUUCUAAAAUGUAUGUUAUUGCCUCCUUAAGUCUUGAGUUAAGUCUGCUUUUCGAGACCCGGCCAUUCUGUAUCUGUUGGUGUUGAGUGGAUCUGUAUUGUAUAAAAAUAAAAAAAAUAUAUGUCAAACAA